AUGGAGGACGGCAAUGUAGAUAACAUUCCAACUCUGUCCAUCAUCCCCUACGACAACAACCGCGAGAUUGUGCUCCGUCACGCAGACACCGUGGUUUACCGUGACCCGAGAACGAACCAACUCGUUCCAUUUCAUCGAAACCAAGAUGUAGAGCGACACUCCUCCGACUGUCCAACGUGUGGUCGACCUUGGCAUAGACCUGGAUCCUCGAGCACUCACGAUCCCGGAUCAACUCCAAUGGAAGACCAACCCAGCUUCAUCACCGAGGGUUACUUUGAAAUGCUCGCCCGAAGUCUUCCUGGCUCCAACGAAACAUCAGCACCGCCCUCUCCGAGACGCCGCAUCGCCCAACCGGUCCGCUCCCGGCUUCAUCCUUCCUCGGCCGCUGUGUCUCCGCCUCCAAAUGCAGAGUUCAUUGCCAGCGCUCCGGUGCCUGCCAGUCAGACUCAUGGCAUCUCAGAGACGGCCUUUUCGCCCAACUACUUCGAGAAGUUCUUCGUUGAAGAAAGAGAGCUCGGCAGAGGCGGCCGAGGCGUUGUGCUUCUGGUCAAACACGUCCUCGAUGGCGUGACCCUCGGCCAUUUCGCUUGCAAGCGUGUCCCUAUUGGAGACGACCAUGCAUGGUUAGAGAAGGUCCUCGUGGAGGUUCAGCUCUUGCAGACUCUGUCGCACCAAAACCUUGUCUCCUACCGCCACGUUUGGUUGGAAGACUUCCAGAUCAGCACUUUUGGCCCAAGCGUACCCUGCGCGUUCAUUCUGCAGCAAUACUGCAACGGAGGAGAUAUGCAGAACUAUGUCCUCGGCUCGGCGCAGGCAUCCACGACGACGCAGGAACUGAAAGAACGAAUUCGUCGAAAGUCGAGGGGAGAAUCAGACCUCCCUCGGCGGGCCAAUGAACCCAAAAAGUUACAUUUCGACGAAAUCUACAACUUUUUCAAAGAUGUCACCUCUGGAUUGAGACAUCUGCAUCACAACGGCUUCAUUCAUCGAGACUUGAAACCGAGCAACUGCCUCUUGCACACGGUCGGCGGCGAAACUAGAGUCCUGGUCAGCGACUUCGGCGAAGUCCAGUACGAAUAUGCUACGCGAAAAUCCACCGGUGCUACAGGGACAAUCUCCUACUGCGCGCCCGAAGUGCUUCGACGCAUCUCCCCCGGUGGACCUUUCGAAAACUUUACGUCAAAGUCUGACAUCUUCUCCUUGGGCAUGAUUCUCCAUUUCCUCUGCUUUGCAAACCUUCCCUACACUUCGGCAAAUGUUCUCCAUGAAGAGCGCGAAGACAUAGAUGAAUUGAGAGAAGAAAUUACUAACUGGGGAGGAUUUGACGAUCAGCGCAAAUUGCGUCCUGAGCUACCACCCGCGCUGUACUCCUUUCUCAAGCGACUCCUGUCCUUGAACCCGGACGAGCGGCCAAGCGCAGAUGAUGUCCUUCAGGUCGUUUCGUCAGGUAGACUUGACGAUAUACCUGCUGCGCGGAGGCGAAACUCCAUGGAGCCUGAGGAGUUGACGCCGGGCCGACGGAUCCAGAAGUUGGACACACCACAAAAGGGAAACUCUCCACAAGGAAGGCCAGGUCAUGAUAUGGGUGCCAGGCCCAAGAGAUCAUUCUUCCGGCCCACGAGAUCUCUAUCUCAAGAGCCGAAAAGUUCCGAAGCAACCAUCAGCGACCACGGCUACACGAGCGGCAGCGAAGCAGACCGUGAGCAACGCACACACAAAGCUUCCACGUCGGCUCGGCGAGAGUCCGGCAACCUCAGGCUCAAAAGCACGAUGGUUCUGCGAGCCAACCGGGCGUCAUCGUCUCUUCCGUCCUCGCCUUUACAAAAGUCUCCCGCUCCGUCGCCAGUCCGACAACAGCUUCUUCUGGAACCUGCACAACAGCUUGAUCGGCCAGCUCUUCUUCUAUUCCUCGAUCGAAUCUCUGCCUUCCUCAACGCACCCAUUACCUCUCCGUCCACCCGUCUCGUCAUACUCGGUGUAAAACUAUUCAGCACUCUCCAACCUUGCCUAUCACUCGGCAUGAAUGCGAUAGUCGUCUAUCCCAUUAUUGCAACUGCAUUACUGGAGUUUUCAUUGACACAUUUACGAAUGUGGAAAGCCUUGGUGGCCAUGCUUGCCCAUUUCCUUGUGCUUUCAUUUGCAUGGAGGACGGAUAGGUUGUGUCAAAGCUCCAAUGGUUGGUGGAUGCAUUGGGAUGGUGAAUGA